AUGAAACCUCCACUAAGCAGAUCAGCCCACCAGCCUAAAAGGAGUGGCUAUCAGUCGCAGCUACAGAUAAUGCCUAAGUGCAAAUUUCCAAUUCUUGGACUUGAGAAGCCAGCUGCGAUGAACGCAAAGGCUGUGAUCAAGAGACAGAACUUUGUUGACAGCAACCCCUUUAUAACAUGAAAGAAUACUGAAGAGCUGCUCCUACAUGCCAGUCUUAAAAGAGUAGGCUCAGCCAGCCAGACUCAACUCAAAUAAGAAAUUGACCACGAGAGAAGGAAUUAUUAGAAAAAUUAAGAAUUUAAAAGCCUUGCCUGACAAACCAUCUAAGAAAUUAGCUAAAAAAUUGACUAAGAAGCCCCGAAAUGCUUCCAGCCUUCCUGCCUUGAAGUAUAAAAUUAAUGUGUCUGAUAAGGCCAAAUUGGACAUAUUCGAUCCAGACAUUAUUAACAAUCCAGACCAGAUGGAGAGUAAAAUGAAGAAGUUGCUUGACCAGAACUCCAUAGAGUCAGAUACUGAGCUUGCCUCCCAGUUCUCUUGACAGUCCUUCGUUGCCAAUCCUGAGGCCAGAAAAAUAGCCUUGCAACAUAUUCGACAGAAGAAGGAAAAUAUAGAAAGCAGCCAGGAUUUUGUGAUGAACUCAAGGAAGAUCUUAAUGAAAGGAAUUUCUAUUCAUGACAAGCUUGAAGAGACUCGUCGGCUUGAAGAAUACAUUCUCAUGGAGAAGGAGAAGCUCACUGAGUCAAAACGAGCCUUUGAAGAUGACAAGCAGCGGUACAAAUAAAUACAUUGAAAACCUUGGCUUCAAAGCUGAAGAAAUUGAAAAAGAUGUCAACAAGUUAACCUUAGAUCGUAAUGAGCUCAAAUCUACUAUUAAGAAACUGAGUGACGAAAUACAGCAGAAAUAUGAAACCGGCAAGAUUGCAGACCAGUUAGAAGUUCAUAGAACCAACAAGAACUUUAUCAAGGAAAUUGCUGAUUUUGCCAAAAUUAAACUCGAAUACGAGUCUGAAAAAGAAAGUGAAGAUGAUGAAACUGAGAGCAAAAUUAAUAAAUCUUCUAAAAAUUUAUUAGAAUAUCCUGACAAAAAUAGUGACAGAGGGAGCAGAAGAGAUAGGAACUCGUCAAUCCUGUCUCCAGGCAUGUUCAUCACCCAGGGCCAACAAAUCGAGAAAGCUAGAUCCAAUGCUAUUCGAAUGCAGAAAAAGCUAGAAGAAAAAGUUCUAGAGAAAGAGAAGGAAAGAGAAGAGAGUUGUUUCGAGAUUCCAUUCAACUCUAAAACUGGUGGGAAAUUCCAGUCUGACAAACCUUCCAACCUCAUGGACAUCCUCACAGAGAUCCAAGAGAGCAACUUAGCCAUGAUGAACAGGAUUCAGGAAGAUGAUAAUAACCUGGAAGAGCUCCAAAAAUCCCUCAAAGAGGAGGAAAGGUACAAACUGGAUGAGAUCUCCACUGUUACUAAAAACCUUGAAGAUGUAGAGCAGGCUAUGCAAUCACUGAAGAAAAGAGAGAAACAAAUGAUUCAAAAUCUCAAUAUCAAAAUCAAAUAAAACGCCUCAAGGGGAGGUAUACGAAUUUGAUGAGCCAAAGGAGCUGUCUAAGACAGUGACUGAUAAGAUCAAAUAUAUCCAUUCUAAAGUCUGCAAAGGGAGGCCUCCAGAUGAUUCAAAACCAAUAAUUGACACUCUUAGACUCAUCGAGUUAGAGCUGCUUUCAGUCAUCGGCAUCAACAAGGAUUUUCAACAAGAAAAUCCUAUCAAAUAUGAGUUUAUUCUCAAUGAAGUCAGAAAGAAGAGGAAGAAAGAGAGAACAGAUAAAAUUCAACCAACAGCUCUUGCAGAGAAAGAAGCUAGGGACAAGAGAUUACUUGCCAAAAUAAAACGCUCCAAAGUCAAAGUAUACAAAGGAAGACCUCAGAUGUUCAGGGCUCAGAGAAAGAAGAUCAUCAAAAAGGACACAGGCAUCAAACAGAGCCAGGCAGAUAUUGAUUAUGAAAGAUUCGUUGGCAAAAGAACUUAA